AUGGGAGAAGUUGUCAAUCUCUCUCUUUCCCAAAGAGCCAACCAUGUUCUCACACAUCUAUACAAUAAUCAGGAAUCGCAUAUUCCAUAUAAAAAGAAUCAGCCAGUGAAUUUUUUUAACAAUGUCUUUCUUUCUACUUCUAAGACACAUACGGGACAUACAAACUACGCUCCCAGAGCUUUAGUUUUUGAUCUCAGAUACGGUUUAGGUUCACUAAACAAGCAUGAAUAUCACGAAACUCCGACUAAUUUUGACAAUAUCCCACAAUCGGAUCGUUUCAACUUGGAUAAGCAGAUCGCAAAAAAUCAGUACCAACAAAACUUGGAUAAAGGAAUAGCUUCUACGGAAGCCGAGUCCAUUCUCAGCGUCGAGAAUACAAAAUUCUGGACAGAUUAUAAUAAGUUGAUUUACUCUCCCAGCUCAUUGAAUACCUUACAGAACUAUGACAUUGGCCAGAGUCCAGAAUAUGGCUCUCAUCAUAACUUCCCUCAGAUAAAAUUCAAUACUUUUGAAGUGGGCCAAAAAGAGUUUUCUGAUUCCACAAGUAAUUUAGAUUCUCAAUUGGAUUCCUUUCGUAGACUUUUAGAACAGUGCGAUUUGCUUCAGGGUGUCAAUGUCGUCUCUGAACUUGAUAGUGCAUGGGGAGGGUUUACGACACUGUUGCUUACGGAGUUCAUAGACGAAUACUUUAAUGGAGGUAUCAGCAAUACUAAAAAUAGUAUUUGGAUAUAUGGGUUACAUUCACAGGGUCCUUCAGGCAGAAGUAGUAUAAAUGAAGCAAUUUCUAGAAUCAAGACCACUAUCGAAUUAUCAAAGAACUCGACCUUGUUCUUUCCUAUAAACACGGCACCUUUUUCUAAAGGGAUAUUCUCUUCCGACACCAUAGAAGAUAAUAUUCUCAGGGGAGAGCAUGAACGUAAAAUCGUGAAUGAUAUAAAGUUGAAAAGUAUUGAUUCGUCUAAGGUAACUGACAUUAAUUCAUUGGGUAGUAUAAUCUCCAAUGUCGAUAUCAGUGCUUACUACAAUAUGUCUGCUCCAAAACCUCAAGAUUCUUCCUCUGGAUAUAUUGAUCUUAGUGUUCCAACAACAGUUCCAACUAAAACAUCAUCCAAAGUGAUUAAUGAGUAUUUUGUUAAAAACUAUGUUAUUCCAACAGAGCAAGGGAAGUUGGAGGAAAAGUUUGCUUUCAAAGACAAAGGCAUACCGUCCAACGUUUAUAGAUCCAGGGACAUUACAAGCAUAAUCAAAGUAGACACUUUUCCAUACAAGAUUUUCAAUCUGCAAAAGCAGUUCAAUUUCUAUUCGGAAUUCAAUGUUAGCACCGAUUACAGAAUCGAAUUGAAAGCUUACAAGGAUUUAAUUAAGAAUGUUCGUCUCAACAGUCAGCAACUUAUGGGAAUUAUAGAAGAUAAGGCUGAGUUGAUAGAAGACAUAUCGCAUAUAUUGGAACACUACACUAUCAGCAAUGAGCCCAGUGAUGAAGAACUGGAUGACGACUAUUAA